AUGAAUGGUACAAGAAAGACUGAAGAUAGAGUGAAAGGAGGUGAUAGGGUAGCCCCAUGGAUGCAAGUAGAAGCGGAGGUAGAAAGAAUGACCGAGGUGCAUGUGGACGCCGGGAUAAGGUUAGACAAAGGAAGUGUAGGAAUAGGCUGGGCAUGGGAGAGAGAGGGAGGUGAAAGGGUAACAGGGAAUGAAAGAGUCAACGAACAGAGCACUAUGAAUGAGGCGGAGAUGAUUGCGAUCGAGAAGGUGAUGGAUAUGUGGAGUACGGAAGAGAGCGUCAUGAUAGUCAGUGACUCCGCAGGGGCUGUGGAAGGGAUGAAAAUGGGGAGAACAAAGAAUAAGAGGGUGGCAAUGAUUCAGAGAAAGAAUGAGGAAAGGAGUGGAAGGGAAGCACGGACCGGUAUCAUAUGGCGAAAAGGUCACUCAGUAAACAACCUGGGUAAUCGGAAGGUCCACGAGGAAACCACAAUGGGGUUGGACAGAGAGAGCGUGACGUGGAAGGUGAGGAGGAUAGGUAGUAAGAAUGAAGAGCGAAAGAGAAUAAAGGAAUGCAUCAAGGGCUACUGGCAAAGGGAGAGCGGUACGACUGGGCGACUGUUUUACAAGUUUUGUAAAACAGUUGAAUAUGAACCGUUGGAUCUGUCAAGGAAGGACGUGCAAUUGCUAACAGGGCACGGUAACUUCCCAGGAUACCUGGCUAGGUUCAACCUGGAACCGGAAGUGCCGACUCCCUGUGGAUACGGAGAACCAGAAACGGCAGAUCACGUGAUAGAGAGAUGCAUGGACGGGGACAGGACUGGAUGGCGCGAAAGGAAGGAACGAAUAAAAAGGGAAAAAAGGGGAGAUAACACUGAGGGAGAAGAAUGGAAAAAGGGAUGA